UAUAAUUACAGUGAUACCUCAGGUUAAGUACUUAAUUGGUUCGGGAAGUCCGUUCUUAACCUGAAGUGUUCUUAACCUGAAGUGAACUUUCCCAUUGAAAGUAAUGGAAAAGUGGAUUGAUCCGUUCCAGACAAUAAAAAAACCCCUAAAACAGCAAUUUAAGACGAAUUUUAGUGUCUAACAAGACCAUUGAUCCAUAAAAUGAAGGCAAUAAUCAAUGUACUGUGCUAUAAAAUAAAUAAGACAGUAUUGUAGAUGAAAAAAAUUAAAAUUUAAUUUUUUUCUUACAUGCACUGAUGAUAGUCAUUGUUUGGAUGGGGGCUUUUAUCCAUUUCUGAAGUCACACAAUCAACCAGUGGCUGAAUUGGGCUCCACAUGAUCCCCAAAACAAUGGCAGAAGGCAGAGUCCCCCAGAAGUCCCCCAAACGAAGGAACAAAGCAGAGACAAAGGCACAGGGCAGACUCACGUAAAAAAAUCCCAAACCUGGCUAGGUGCUACACCUGGGGAUGGGGCAAGGGUUGGUAGAGGACUUUUCGGCCCAGACUCAUCUUUCUUUUCUUAACAGCUUCACUGUUCUUGGUCUUCGUUAGGCAAGUGCUUCUUACCUAACUUUGGGGCUGGGAUGCAACCUCCUGGGCAUCCUCCUGAUGUCAGGGCCUGGCUCCGGGCAUUCGCAGAGGCCUCAGAGAGCUCUCGCUGCUGGAGCCCCAGUCACAGAGUCUCCGUAGGCCCCACGGAUGUCUGGGCUUGCUCUGGGCAGCGGUGAGGCCUCCAAGAGCUUGGAACACUUACUUCCGGGUUAAAAACGUUCGUAACCCAAAAAACCAUAACUCAAGGCAUUCGUAACCAGAGGUACCACUGUAGUACAAAUUUAACAUUUGAUAUUUCAAGUUCACUAUCCUCAUUCAGGAACAGAAUGCCAUACUUAAAUAUCAUAUUAUAUCUAUUUUUCAUAUAUAAUUUCAGACAUGGAUGAUUGCUUUCAAUGCUCAGAAGAUCAUUAUCCAAACAUUGACCAGGAUGGAUGCCUCCCAAAAUACAUAAGCUUCCUGACAUACAAUGAGCCUCUGGGGGUUAUUUUGACCACAUUUGCAGUUUUAUUUUCUUUAAUCACAACUUUGGUUCUUGGAAUAUUCCUCAAGCACCAGGACACUCCCAUAGUCAAAGCCAAUAAUCGGAACCUCACCUAUGUUCUCCUGUCCUCUCUCCUCCUCUCCUUUCUUUGUGUUUUGCUAUUCAUUGGCAAACCAGAUGAAGCGACAUGUCUCCUACGGCAAACUACUUUUGGUGCAAUCUUCUCAGUGGCAGUUUCCUCUGUAUUAGCCAAAACCACAAUAGUAGUUCUAGCUUUCAUGGCUAUCAAGCCAGGCUCUAGGAUGAGGAGAUGGGUGGGGAAACAACUGGCAACCUUUAUUGUUCUUUCCAGCUUCCUUGUUCAAACUGUUUUUAUUACUGUGUGGUUGGCAACCUGUCCCCCAUUCCCAGAUGUUGACAUGCACUCAAUCAAUGAAGAAAUUGUACUAGAAUGCAAUGAAGGGUCAAAUACCAUGUUUUACUCUGUUUUGAGCUUCAUGGGUUUCCUGGCCAUUGCCAGCUUAACUUUGGCUUUCCUAGCUAGGAAGUUGCCCGAUAGUUUUAAUGAAGCCAAGUUUAUCACUUUCAGCAUGUUGGUCUUCUGCAGUGUGUGGUUGUCUUUUGUCCCAACUUACUUGAGCACAAAAGGGAAACACAUGGUGGCUGUGGAGAUCUUCUCCAUCUUGGCCUCUAGUGGUGGCUUACUGUGCUGCAUCUUUUUCCCAAAAUGCUUUAUCAUUUUGCUGAGGCCAGAACUGAACAGCAGGGGACAACUAAUACGAAGAAAUAAAGAAUAAUCAAGUACCUCAUCAAGUCAACCAACACACCUGUAAUCUUACUGAUUUCAAUUGCAUCAAAAUAAUUGAUGAUUGACAGAUACAUUCCAAUUCACAAAUGAUGUUUUUUGAGUUGCAACGAGUGAUAUAAAUAUGGAGUUCUCAACACACUGGGUGAUAACCAUUGUUACUCAUACUCAGAGUACAUCCACAUAAAUAUAAUCCAUAACUCCCUUGAAUUUAAUGGGCAUGCUCUGAGUAUGACUUGGAUUAGACAUCACCCUUUCAGAAUAAUAUGGGAGUACAUUAUAAUUAUUAUUGUUUUGAAGUACUUCCGUUUUCUAAAAUUUUCUAAAUAUCAAUAGCUCACUAAAAAGAAUAAAAGAAGGGGCCUAGCAUCUGUCUCUCCCACUUAAGAAAAGGCUUUGGCUGAGAUAUGAUAAACAUGUUUUCUUUAAAAUAUUGCACAGCAUCUGUGAUUCAAAGCAAGUGAUUAUCUCUCCUGUAAUUAUUCAAAAUUACAUCUUCUAUCUUGCCCUAGGGUCCUCUUCUGCCCACAUGCAAAUGAUGAAACUAAGACUGGAGGAUCUUAUUAAUAACUAUGAACUCUAUUUGGUUGGGUCUAUAGACAUACAGAGACUCAUGAGUCUGGCUUUGAAUCAGCUGUGUGAGUGACAAUUCAAGUUAGGCUUUGCUGCUCAGGAUCAUGGGAAUGGCAGUAUCAGAAGAGGUGAACUUGUGCCUAAAUAAAGAGUACCUUUAAAGAUGGUAGUGUUUCGAUUGCUAGUGCUCUUAUUGUUGGUGCAUGGGAUGUGCAAGUUUCAUCAUAUUCCUCAAUGUUACAUCAGGGUACCCAUCCCUAUUCUUCACAAAUAUUAUCAGUCAGGAGACCUCAUCAUUGCUGGCAUUAUUUCUCAGAUCUACAUAUUUUCAGAUACCCUAUCCUUUGAGAAACACCCAUCUCAGGAAUUUUCAGAUGACCAUAUGUAAGUAGGUGCAUGUUUCAUCCAGAUU